GAGAAGAUGAGGCAUGUGCGACGGCAGCUUCAUCUGCCGCUUGCUGUUUACAUCCUACUGUGGAGUUCAUCGGGAGCGCAGCGUGUCAACAAAGUGACCCCCAAUAUUGGGAGCGUAAAUGGUGCAACAAGACUGACCAUAGAGGGUGAAGGAUUUGCCCAAGCCAAUCAGUUCAGCUUCAAUGCCAAUGACCCCAACUUUGGCAACAGCGUAUCCCUGGUGUCCCGAACCAGAUCUUUCCCCUGUGAUGUAGAGAGAGACUCCACUCACUCCAAUCAGAUCAUGUGUUAUACAAGAGCAAUGCCAGAAGAUGACUAUGAGGUGCGGGUCAGUGUGGAUGGUGUUCCAAUUCCUUCAAGUAAUAUUUGUUAUGGAUACCAGUGGAAUUACUGGUGCAUGUUCUAUAGUCGAAUAUACCGUACGCCCUCCAUUCAAAGUAUCCGCCCACUGUCAGGGCCCCCAGGGACUGUGGUGACACUGAGGGGCAGGAUUUAUACUGAUGUGUACGGAAGCAACACGGCCAAAAGUUCCAAUGGCCUGGAUGUGAGAUUCUUAAGAGCGUAUAUGGGAGGCAUGCCUUGUGAACUUCUGAAACCUAACUCAGAUGAAAAGUAUGGACUGACUUUGGACUUUGAGUCCAGCCAAUGGGGAUAUAUGAGCUGUAAAAUGACUGGAACAUAUGUUGGUCAUCACAACCUCAGUUACAUUCUCGAUAGUGAAUUUGGGAGGAGCUUGCCAGACUUUGGGCUUUUCAGUAUCUCAGCACUGAAUAAACUUGCCAUGUUCCAGACAUACGCAGAGGUGACAGGAGUUUCUCCUUCAAUGGGGAGCAUACUGGGCGGCACAUUAAUGACUAUUCAGGGACACUACUUUGAUGAGACUGACCAGCCAGCUAUGGUCUUAGUAGGAGGUCGUGAGUGUCAGAUUCAGAGCGUAUCAGAUGAGAACAUAGUUUGCAUGACCCCUGCUUAUGAAAGGACCAACAUGACAGUGUUUCCAGGUGGCAGAGGACUCAAAAUGGAGAUGUGGAACAACAGUUUUCCUAACCGCCUAGAAGACGUCCUGACUUAUAAUGCCAUCAGGCCUGGCUAUUCCGUCCAGUGGGUGGACUCCCUGUCCUAUGUGUGGCCCACUGCCAUUGAUUACUUUGUGGCUCGAUUGAGUGGUUUCUUUGUUCCGACAGAGACAGACAACUACUAUUUCCGAAUCAGAGCAGACGACCAGUGCCAGCUAUAUUUCAGUAAGACAGGUCUUCCUCAAGAUAAGGUCAGGAUUGCCUAUCAACCUUACUAUACAAGCCAUUUCUUCACCUAUGCAACCCAAAAGUCAGAGGUCAUGCGCUUAGAGAAGGGAAAACCAUACUACAUUGAGGUUCUAGUUCAGGAGUAUGCUGUAGAGGCAUCAGUGGACGUGGCCUUUUUCAAAGAGAUGAGCCCUUUCACGGUUCAGCAGACAAUAGAGACCGUUAAUGAAAAACAGCAGAUAAACGCCAACUAUGACGUAUUACCUGAGAAACAGGUGCUUCGUUUUGAGGGAUGGGCACCAGUGAGCCCCGUCAAUGAGGUGCAGACUGUGAGAAUAAGCAGUAACUGCUCUUCUUUAAGCAACUGUGAAAAUACAUACUACUUUCUGGGAUAUGGAGAUCUUAAAACAGGGCCGAUCCCUGUUAAUGCAUCAGCGGUGGAGUUGCAGAAUGCUCUAAAUGAUUUGUGGACAAUUAAACCAGACACUGUUACAGUCACAAAGCAGGAGCUAAACACUGAGUUACUGUACACUGUGACAUUCAACUCUAACAUAGGUGACUUUGAGGAUCUUCAAUACUGGACCAUUGGAUCAGAUAUGAACAUCAUAGUUACUGAAGACACUAAAGGGAAAGCCAGCAUGGACUCUUUCACGCUGCUGUGGGGUGGAGUUCCAUCCUCCCCUAUUCCUUUCAAUGCAUCUGAGACUGAGGUGAUGUUGGCACUAAAUAUGAUGGUCGCAGCUAAAUGUCCAGUUGAGGUUCCAAUGAUGGAGAACUCAGAUGUGAAAUUUUACAGAGAUUAUGAGGCUAUCAACAACACAGGGUUUUCAGGUAAUAUUAACCGCAGAGGUGUCCGGGUUACUGAUUCAGAGGCUUUCUGUGGCCGCUGGUCUCUGAGGAACCCAGAGAUUCUGUUCAAUGCCAAUGACACUACAGCGUCUGGAGCAAUCUACAGCCCAGUACCACUACAAUCCUACAACACCCUGUGCUUGGCCUACAAAGGACGUCUGGUGAAUGAACUGGGAGUGUUAUUCAAUUACCGGACCAGUGCUGGUAAUUACCGUGAUGAGAACACACGGAUCUCUGUGCAGUUUGACUCAAUAGAUGAUGAGUGGAACUACAAGUGUGUGGAUCUACUGGGUGCCAUACAGACAGACUAUGUAGGCUUAAACCACAAACUUCUACAGCUCAGUGUGUAUGGAAAGACUGUUACCUCUGUUUACUACAUUGAUGCUAUUCACAUUGGACAUGCAGUGACUGCUUUGGACACUUAUGCUGUAGUCCACAGAAGAAGGCCACCAGCUCUUGCCAGUUCAGGACACUUCUUUGUGGACAUCACUGUACGCAAACAAGCAAGUGCUUCACAAGUCAGUUAUGAGAUUACAGCUUCACCUUACAACUGUGGCUUUGGCAUCCCACUGUUUGAAAUUGGCUUUCUGCAGAAAAUGCCUAACAGCACAGGAGGCCUAUUGAUUCAAAGCCAGGGCAAUGCCACAGUCACCAUUACCCGCCCUCAGAAAGCCAGCCCCCCUCUAAAUGGAACCUUUGAUGUGGAGAUCUUUGGCCAUCGUGUUAAGGGCCUGCCAGUGGACAUCAGUGAUGCGGACCUGCAGUACGCCCUGCAGGGGAUCCCAGAGCUUGGCCAGCUGCAAGUGCAGAGAUUUGGAGACUGCAGGGGCUACAGCUGGAACAUCCAGUGGCUCACCAUUCCUGGCAAUCAGCCUCUGAUACAGAUCAAUGCCUCUGCUGUGGUCGGUGUGAAACCUUCCGUGACAUCACGCAAGAUCGAACAAGGCGGUCUCUACAAACAGAGAAUUAUGGGAGACUUUCUGCGCAUCCCUACAAAUAAACCACAGGUGGAAGUUUUCAUCAACGGUAUCCCAUCAUGGUGUUCAGGUGACUGUGGUUUUACUUGGAGUGAAUCAAAGACACCAACAGUGACGGGGAUCUCUCCUACAGAAGGAUCCAGUGGUUUAGGAACAGUUCUUACCAUAACUGGAUCUGGUUUUGACGGUGGAAACGUGACAGUGAAAACCGGCAAUGUGGAAUGCUCAAUCCUACAGGUCACCAAUACCUCCAUAACCUGCAGCGUUGGCCCUGCAAGUGCAGGUGUACAACCAAUCUCUCUGAGUUUGUCAGGCCUGGGCUAUGCCCGAUACGUGCAAGGCAACAUCUUCAAUUUCACACAGCUGUUAGGAGUGACUUCCAUAGACCCCACCACAGGAAGUGUGGCAGGAGGAACGAUUCUGACUGUGCUUGGCUAUGGAUUCAGUAAUGAUACUGCAGUUACUAUAGGCUCUCUGCCAUGUCACAUUACAGAAGUGGAACGCUCACAGCUAAGAUGCAUUGUUCCUGCUGGGUCAGCAGGGGAGCAAACUGUAACCCUGACCAUGGGAGGGAUGACAGCAACAUCAAAUUACUCUUUCACAUAUAACAACACUCUGACAGCCCUAAUCACUGCUGUUAGCCCACAAACCACAACAGUUUUCGGAAGCAGAAUUCUUACCAUCUUGGGCACAAAUUUGGAGGAUCAGGCCAUUGGCAGCUCUAUUUUGAUUGGCAAGACAGAGUGUGAAUUGCUGCAGUGGACCAAUGAAAACAUCACCUGCCUGUUGCCCACACUCCCCCCAGCUGUGUAUGACAUCCGUGUGAGAGUCGGAAACCAGGGUUACCCCUUAAUCAGCGCUGGCAUUAAUACCACCAUAAAGUAUGUUCUGGAGGUAAUAGGCUUCUCUCCAUCAAUGGGGUCCCUGUAUGCAGGAACCACCGUCACUAUCACUGGCUCUGGGUUUAGCCCUGUCCCAGCAGACAACAAAGUCACUCUGGGGGACACACAAUGCCAAGUUAUAUCAGCUUCAGAUGAUCAACUGAAGUGUGUGACCCAACCUAGAGAUACAACAUACACUGUAACAAACCAAGGUUCCCACCCCGUGUAUGGUCAGGGCUAUGCCUGGAGCCCCUCUGCGAUAAUAGCCUCUGUAGGGGACACAGUGGUUUGGCGCUGGGAGGCACCAGCUUUUGUGCCCAAUCUGGGCUACAGGGUCUUCAGCGUGUCCAAUCCCAGCAGCACUGACUAUGAUGGCAUAUCUUUCAAAAGUGGAGACACCAAAACUGCCAGAGGGUUUUUCGCCUACCGUUUCACGUCUCCUGGAGUUUACUACUACAGCAGUGGUUACAUCGACUCUGGUAACCAGAAGAUGCUGCAGGGAGUGGUGACAGUUAAACCUCUGGAGGAGAGCACUGUUGGGCUUCAGCUGUUUGUAGCAGGAAUACAGGCCUCUAUGAACCUAGGUUCAAGGCAAACAAACUCGUCUGCGUCUGACUGUGUGGGCACUUCCGACUGUUUUCAGGAUCAAUUUAAUCAGACCUCAGGCAAUCUGUACUUCAAUUUUAUUUCCUGUGCCAGCCCCAUUGUGAAGAGUAUUACUCCUGACCGAGGCACCACCCAUGACAUCAUCCACAUCCAGGGAUCUGCCUUUAGCAGCAUUAGCUGUGCAAACAAGGUAAAAAUUGGAGAUUAUCCUUGUCAUGUCAUCAGCAGCAACUCUACUGAGAUUAACUGCCAACUCAGUCCUGACAAUGGAGCACCAGUGGGCAUCCCUCUAUCCAUAACCGUCCAAGUCAGCAACCUGGGUAAUGCCAUCAUGGCCAUGCCGAACGAGUACGGCCGCAGGUUUGUGGUUCUACCUGUGGUUGAUUCUAUCUCUCCUUCCAUGGGCAGCACAACCGGAUACACACGUCUCUUCAUCUCUGGUUCUGGUUUCUUGAAUGGACCAGUCACAGCAGCAAAUUUCCCAUGUGAUGUGGUUGCCAUGAACUACACCCAUGUAGUGUGCGAUACCUGGCCAUCUCCAGCUCACAGGGGAAAUGUAACAGUUCAAAGUAACUCCAUCUCUUCGUUCUGCAGUUCCGAUUGCACGUUUGAAUAUUCUGACUUUAUUGCACCAGUGGUCUCCACUGUGCUCCCUAACACAGUUAGUGGAAACUCCACCACUGUUGUGGUCACCGGCAGUGGCUUUGGGAGCAAUUCUGCCGAUAUAAGUGUCUCCGCAGCCGACAUCAUGCUUGAAGUCACCGAAGUCACAGAUAACAACAUCACACUAUUGGUUGGUGCUCUUCCUGCUGGCACACAUACCCUAAAGGUAGUGGUCAUGAGCAAAGGUCUCGCUACAGGAGACGCCACACUAACAAGCACACCACAAGCCAGUAUCCACCCAAAAUCUGGCAGCAUUGCUGGCGGAACUCCACUCAUGAUUGAAGGCAAUGGCUUUGUGGCAGGAAAUACCACUGUGAGGCUUGAUAACUCCCCCUGCAGGAUUUUGGAAGUGACCCCAGAUAUGGUGAAGUGCAUGGCAGCCCCUCAUGCAGUGGGGCAGGUGCAGGUGAAUAUUAAGGUGUUCGAGGUGGUGUAUCCGCAACAAAGUUUCAACUACUCCAAGGAACAAACUCCUUAUGUCAACUCUGUGAGCCCUGUGAAUGGUCCUGUUGGAACAAAAAUCACUGUCUCUGGUUUCGGCUUUGGCACAGAUGCAGCGCUUGUCUCCCUGGAGAUCGGUGGCGUGGCUUGUAUGGUGUUGUCCAUCACAGAUACUCAGUUGCUAUGCACUGUUGGUGAACAUGCUGGAGGAACAUUUCCGGUUAUGUUCCACCAUCAGGUCAAAGGCCAAGCCUUGUCCUGGUCUUUAUUCACCUAUGAGCUGCUGUUGACAGGGGUCACACCAAAUGAGGGAAGCUAUGCCGGAGGAGCUGUCAUUGCAGUUGAAGGCUCUGGGUUCGACCCAGUCACCACCAGAGUUCUCAUCUGUAACCAAGACUGCAACGUGCACCUGCUUAACUCCACAUCUACCCAAAUGUACUGCGAGGUCCCACCCAACAACGGAAGUGAAGCAGAGAAGGCCUGCACGAUUAUAGUGAUGAAUGGAGGUUAUGCAGUCAACCUCACAAGCAGCUAUACAUAUAAAUCAUCUCUAACCCCCGUUAUCACUGGCGUUACGCCACGCAGGGGGGGAACCGCUGGAGGCACCAGACUCACUGUUACUGGCUCAGGUUUCAGCACAAAUGUCAAUGAAGUCACUGUGACAAUUGCAGGGUCUGUCUGCGAUGUCCAGUCAGCCAACCAGACGCAGAUCAUCUGUGUGACCAAUGCUAAGCCCAAAUCACAACAAACUAAAGUGCGAGUCGAGCUGGGGAACAGAGGAAUUGCCAGAAUGGACAGUGCUGACUUCUUCUACAUUGAUGUAUGGUCAUCUCCAUAUACAUGGAGAGGUCUCCCACCUCCUGAGAAGGGGACAUUUGCUGUAAUCACCACUGGCCAGACCAUCCUCCUGGACACAAGCACACCUGUUCUUAAGAUGCUCCUUAUCCAAGGCGGGCGGCUGAUUUUUGAUGAGGCAGAUAUUGAACUGCAGGCAGAGAACAUUCUGAUCACAGAUGGUGGAGCUCUGCAGAUUGGAACAGAGCAGCAGCCCUUCCAGCACAAGGCCAUCAUCACACUGCAUGGACACCUGCGCUCUCAAGAACUGCCUGUUUAUGGAACCAAGACCUUGGCUGUCAGAGAGGGGGUGUUGGAUCUACAUGGAAUCCCUGUCCCUAUCCCUUGGACUCACCUUUCCCAGACUGCACAGAGCGGCUCAAACACACUGACACUAAUGGAUGCUGUCACCUGGAAGACUGGAGAUGAAAUUGUCAUCGCAUCCACAGGGCAUAGACACAGCCAGGGGGAGAAUGAGGUGAGGAGAAUUGCCUCAGUCUCAGCUGAUGGUAGAAACCUUACUCUGACCAAGCCGCUGUCCUACACUCAUCUGGGAGUGUCCGUCACACUGCCUGAUGGGACUGUUUUUCAAGCGAGAGCUGAAAUUGGCCUUCUUACUAGGAACAUUGUUGUCCGUGGAUCCAACAACCAGGAGUGGAAUGAUAAAAUUGCAGCUUGCCCUGAUGGAUUCAACACAGGGGAAUUUGCCACCCAGACUUGUUUCCAGGGGAGGUUUGGAGAAGAAGUAGGAAGUGACCAGUUUGGUGGCUGCAUCAUGUUCCAUGCACCACAACCAAACAAAAACAUGGCAAUCGGCAGAAUUGAAUACGUAGAGCUCUUCAAUGUUGGGCAGGCGUUCCGUCUGGGACGUUACCCGAUCCAUUGGCAUCUGAUGGGUGAUGUUCGGUUUAAGUCGUAUGUGCGUGGCUGUGCCAUCCACCAGUCCUACAACCGUGCUGUCACCAUCCAUAACACUCACAAUCUACUAGUGGAGCGCAACGUUAUCUACAAUAUCAUGGGCGGAGCCUUCUUCAUCGAGGAUGGCAUUGAGACUGGCAACGUCCUGCAGUACAAUCUGGCAGUGUUUGUAAGACAAAGCACCAGUUUGCUAAAUGAUGAUGUGACUCCCGCUGGAUACUGGGUCACCAACCCUAAUAACACCAUUAGACAUAAUGCUGCAGCUGGCGGGACACACUUCGGUUUCUGGUACCGCAUGCACGAUCACCCGGAUGGCCCCUCGUAUGAUGCCAACAUCUGCCAGAAGAAGGUACCAUUGGGAGAAUUCUUUAACAAUACAGUGCAUUCGCAAGGCUGGUUUGGCUUGUGGAUCUUCCAGGAUUUCUUCCCUGUGCGUAAUGGUGGCUGUGGCUCUAUAACUCCAGCACCAGCUGUCUUCCGCCGUUUGACUUCCUGGAACAAUGAGAAAGGUGCUGAGUGGGUGAAUGUUGGAGCUGUGCAGUUCAGUGAGUUCCUGAUGGUCAACAAUGAGAAAGCAGGAGUGGAGGCCAAGAGCAUCUUUCAGCAGUAUGUUAGCGGAUGGGGAAUAGGGGGAGGUGCGGCCGUGGUCAACAGUACAAUGGUGGGUCACGUGGAUGAACUGGGAUUGGGGAAUGAUCACUGCACCGCCCGUGGUGUUGUCCUGCCCCUGGCUGAUGGUAUGAGUGUCAUCAACACCAAGUUCGUGAACUUUGACCGGUCAUCGUGCGCUGCAGUCGGAGUGGCAGAAAUAGUUGGAACCUGCACGUUCCGCUGUGGAGGGUGGAGUGCUAGGUUUAGUGGGAUCCAGUACUAUCAGACACCCAAUAAGGCCUGGUUCAGAUGGGAACAUGAGGUGGCGCUAGUAGAUACUGAUGGAUCCCUGACAGGCAACAUUAGCUACAAGGUGGUGCCGAGGAGUAACCUGCUAGACCCGAGGCACUGCUCUCUAGGAACAGAGUGGAGUGUUGGCGUCCCUGGGGCAGUAUGUGACAACACCAUUAACUUCCACCGCUUGGUCUUCAACAAUCCCUCACCACCUUCACUUCAGGCUAAAGAUGUGAUUCUCACCAACUCAUUUGGCACAUCAGUGCUUCCUUUCCUUAAGAAACUUGUGACCCACACUCUUGGUUGGAUGGCAAUGAUGCCCACAGGCCAAACCUAUAACUGGUACUUCGAUGGCGCUUCCCAAAUCACUAACAUCUCAUACAGUGGAGUGUUCUACGGCUUCCGGCCAGAGAACUAUGUAAUUCUGAAUCACAAUCUGACUCAGAAGCCUGACAAGUUCCGCAUCAUAGAUUACAGGAAUGGUUCCUCCCAGCCACUGAACACUAGUGUGAAUGUAAAUGGAGAUUGGUACUUCAACCAAUCUUCCAACAACCUCUAUUACAUGGUGUCUGGAAGAGACCGUGUAAGUAGCCGGAGGAGAAGGAACAGUGUGGACCGGGCAGUUGUAGACAGAUCGGUAGACUUCAGAGUAUAUCAGUGUUACUAUGCAAACUGUGUCCAACCUUCACCUGCUCCACCUGCUACUCUGGUCCCCACACCCAGCCACAGACCUGCAAACUUCAUUUUCUGGUCAAAUGCAUCUUUUUGGAGGUCAAGCCCAGAGAACAACUUUACUGUGCCACAAGAGGGUGCUAAUGUGGUCAUUCCAUCUGGAAAAUGGGUGGUAUUGGAUGAUGUAAUUCCUUCCCUGAAUAAGCUCACUAUAGUAGGGGUUCUAGAGAUUCCAGACACAAAUAAUGGCACCUCCACCCACAUUUUUUCUCAAUAUAACAACAUUGUACUGAAUGCCACAUACAUCUCCAUUCAGGGUGGACGUCUGAUUGCUGGGUGGCCUGAUGAGCCCUACAGAGGUGAUCUACAGAUUAUACUGAGAGGAAACCAUAACACACCAGAUUGGCUGUUGCCUUCUGGAACAAACCAAGGGUCCAAAGUGCUGGGUGUCUUUGGAUCUCUUGAUCUGUAUGGCAUGCCACACAAUGUGUAUCACACUAAGCUGGCUAGCACAGCACGGGCAGGAAACAACACUCUCUCCCUACAGGAAGCAGUGGACUGGAAGGUUGGGGAUAAGGUCCUGCUGUCCACUACUAGUUAUGACCCAUGGCAGACAGAAAUCCGUACCAUCACUGCAGUCUCCGAUUUUGGCCGCACACUGACACUGGAUCAGCCAUUAUCAUACACACACAUCGGUGAGAGCUACAGUGUACCAGGAACGUCUAGUGGCUACCAGCUUGCAGGGAAUGUGGCUCUGCUGACCAGGAACAUCAAGAUCAUUGGGCAGGAGUAUCCAGCCAUGAACAUACAGUCUUAUGGAGCCAGAGUGCUGGUGGGAACCUUCUCCAGUGGAGGAAUUGAUUACAGAGGCAAAGCCCAGAUUAGAAAUGUUGAGUUCUACCACACCGGACAGGAGGGAUGGACUGACAUCUCAGACCCACGUUACUCUUUGAUUUUCUACAACCUAGGAGAGGUGGUUGAUGAGUCCUACGUGAAGGGAUGUGCAUUCCAUGAUGGCUUUUCUCCUGCUAUUGGGGUUUUCGGAACAGAUGGAAUGAGUAUCGAUGACAACGUGAUCCAUCACACAGUUGGAGAAGGAAUUAGAGUCUUUGGUGAUAGUAAUGCUGUCCGGAGGAACUUGGUUACCAUGACACUAUGGCCUGGAUCAUACAAUGGUAGAGCGGGGGAAUUCAACUUUGACUGGAAUGCAGCCAUUCAGGUGAACGAAGCAACCAAUGUAAUUCUUCAAGGGAAUAUUGUUGCUGGCUAUGAACGAGUGGGAUUCAGAAUUAAUGGAGAACCAUGCUCAGGAUCUCCAAAUUCCAUGGCACAAUGGAGUCAGAACGAGGCACAUGGCGGUCUGUACGGUCUCUACAUGAAUAAAGAUGGACUUGCUGGUUGCUCGCAAAUCCAGGGCUUCACUGUCUGGAGGAGCUUUGAUUUUGGCAUUUAUGUUCAAGUAUCCAUGAAUGUGUACAUUUCUAACGUGACCCUGAUUGAUAAUGGAAUGGGCAUCAUGUCUCUGAUCUAUAGUCCUCCCUCAGUCAGCCACGCAUCUUCUGACAAAAACGUCCGUGUACAGGGUGCCCUGAUUGUGGGCAGCAGCCCCAACUUUAACUGCUCUGACAGUCUGUCCAUGACUGAGACCUACAUCGCACUCAGUGCAGGCCACAGGGCUCCUCGCCCCCCUAGUGGUGGCAGGUCUGGUGUUUCCUGGCCGACGUUUGAAUCUGACCACAACCACGCACCACAAAAACCUCACCCUGGACUGAUGAGCUACAACGCCAUAGCUGGUUUAUUGACAGUCUCUGAUACAACAUUUGUUGGGUUCAAGAGUGUGUGCUCAACAGAGAGAAAUUACAUGUUCAUGACCAACCCAGGAAAUGAGGACCUACAACAUCCAAUUAGUGUUCAGAGAAUAUCCAAGAUAAACAGCACAGAGGAAGCUCUAGCAUACAUUCAUCGGCCUGAUCUGAGCAAAGUAAACCCAUCAGACUGUGUGGACAUGGACUGUGAUGCUAAAAAGAAGAGCAUGUUGAAGGAUCUGGAUGGAAGUUUUCUGGGGGCAGUGGGGGCAGUGGUGCCACAGUCAGAGUAUGAGUGGAAUGGGGAUCCCCGGCAUGGACUGGGUGAUUACCGCAUCCCCAAAGUCAUGCUCACCUAUCUCAAUGGCAGCCGCAUACCUGUGGAUCAAGUAGCUCCUUAUAAAGGUGUGACCAGAGACUCUACCUGUAAAUACAUGAGCAGCUGGCAGGGCUACAAGUGCUUUGGGCUCAAUUACAGGAUGUUGGUGAUUGAGAGUCUGGAUGCAGACACAGAGACCAGGCGUCUUUCACCUGUGGCUGUCCUGGGGGACAAAUACGUGGAUUUGCUGAAUGGCCCACAAGACCAUGGCUGGUGCGCAGGUUAUACCUGUCAGAAGAGAGUGUCUCUGUUCCAUAGCAUUGUAGCCACCAACAAGUCCUUUGACAUCUAUUUCACCAGCACAACACCACAGAAGCUGAGACUUAUGAUGCUUAAUGCUAAACCUACUGAGUCUGUUAGGGUGGCUGUAUUUUACUCAAACCCUCAGCGGCUUGACGUAUAUGUAAACAAUAGUUUGGUUGGUCCAACUAAUGCUCAGUGGAACAAAGACAACACUGACUACACACUGCAUCAGCCUACUUAUUCAGGGCAAUAUGUUCCCAGGUUUGACUCCAGUCAUGGUUCCAACUACUUUGACCAAGACUACAAAAUGAUGUAUGUACUUCUUCGUGGUUCAGAGUCAGUCCAAAUCCGCACCUCACCUGUUCUUUUCCUGGCCUUCAACCUCCCAGCUAUGACAGAGGCAGAGUUCUUUGGGACGAAUCUGGUUAACAAUCUGGCUUUGUUCCUAAAAGUACCAGCGAACAUGAUUCGGAUUACCAAGAUUGUCCGUGAGGGUGUAAGCGCACGAAGGAGGCGCUCAACAGGACUGACGGUGGAGGUUGAGAUCAGGCAGCCCCCUGUCCAGACAUCCACCAACAGUACCACUGCUGAAGACCAGCAGUUUGUGGUUCUGAAUAAAAUCGCUGACGAACUGGGCCGUGCUGCUGUCUCAGGAAAUCUGAGUCAAUCCAUCGGCUUCAACGUGUCAUCUUUGGGCAUCAUCCCUCCACCACCCUCUUCCAGUGACCCAUCCUGGAAUGACGUUGCCACUCAGGAAGUGACUCGUGCCAACCAGCAGGUGGAGACAGUCAAGGCUGUAUCUUCCCUGAUGGUGGUGGUUAAUCCAGUGGUUGGAUUGAACCCUGGACUCCUCAGUGUGCAGCCCAGCAUUAUGUCUCUUGAUUCAGAGGGUAACUGUGUGUCUGUGGGUGUCACAAGUCUAACAAUCUCAGCUGUGCUCAAAGAUGCAAAUGGGAACCCAAAAGAGGGGCUUUACGGAAACACCACCAUCCCGUUCAGUGGCUGCUGGGCCAAUUACACUGACCUAGCCAUCUUUACCAGUGGUGAGAACCUGAAGUUGGCCUUUACUUUGAAUGACUGGAAGGCUGAGUCCAGAUCAUUUACACUCAAAGCAGCCACCACGCCAUCCCCUGUGGUCCACACCACAGACUGGGACUUCCCCAGCAUCUUCGAUUCUAGUCCAGCUAUCUCAUCACCAUCUGUGUGUCUGCUUGUGCUGCUGAGUGGUCUACUCCUCCUGUUUAGGGGAGCCUAGGAGCAAUUAAAACAAAUGAAGAAAUUACAUGUGCCCUUCUCAGUGCACCCUUCUAAAUAUAUUUUUAAUAUAUUACAUUGCUUUUUUUUUCUUUCUUUCUCAUAAUUACUACCUCUGCUAUAAUCUUUAAUCUGCCUCUAUUAAGUCUAAGAGCAUUUAAUGAUUACUGCAGAACAACAAAAAUGGCUGUUACUUCUAACAAAAGUAAAUAUUUAUUCCUAUUGCUGUCGUUCGAACUACAAAUAACUUUUUAUAUCCUUAAUAAAAAUGAAG